AUGGUUCUCAGACUCGGCUCAGUUGCUCCUGACUUUGAAGCUCAAACUACCAAGGGCGAUAUCAAAUUCCACGACUUUGUAGGUGACAAGUGGACUGUCCUCUUUUCUCAUCCUGCCGAUUUCACUCCUGUCUGCACCACUGAACUUGGUCUCGUUGCUGCUCUUCAAGAUGAAUGGGAUGCUCGUAAUGUCAAUGUAAUUGGUCUUUCUGCCAACGAGCUCGGUGAUCAUGAAAAGUGGAUUGCCGAUAUCAAUGAUAUUAGCAACGUUCAACUCAACUUCCCCAUCAUUGCUGAUGCUGAUCGCAAAAUCGCUACUCUUUACGACAUGUUGGAUCAUCAAGAUGCCACCAAUGUUGACAACAAGGGUAUUCCAUUCACUGUUCGCUCCGUAUUCAUCAUUGAUCCCAAGAAGACUAUCCGUUUGAUCUUGUCUUACCCUGCUUCUACUGGACGUAACUUUGAUGAAAUCUUGCGUGUGAUUGACUCUCUUCAAUUGGGUGAUAAGCAUCGCAUCACUACUCCUGGUAACUGGAAGAAGGGCGAUGAUGUUAUCGUUCAUCCCUCUGUCUCUACUGAGGAAGCUCAAAAGAUCUUCCCCAAGGGUGUCAAGGUUGUCAGACCUUACUUGCGUUUGACUCCUUCUCCCUUUUAA